AUUUGAACAACCUGCGCCGAAGUGGACGUACAUUUUUUUAAUCUAAUUGCAAUUGAGAACAAUGUCAGUUGUUGGCUUUUUGUAAUUAUCGCAGGUGUAAUAUAAUAAACUCGUGCUUUAAGUGUUUUCACAAAAUGUCUCUUAAUUUUUCAUUAAUUAUCUUGUGCCUUUUUGGGUGCACUCUAGCAAAAAAUAUACAACAUUACAAAAUUUCUAUGGUAUCAUCUGGCGACACCGAUAGGGUUGCACUAUUUACGCACGCAGAGAGUCCGGUGUGGGACGUCGAGUCACAAUCUCUGUACUUCGUAGAUGCGCUGCAGCAGAACGUGCACAGAUUAGAUUAUGUUUCUGGACAAAUCUUUACCAAACAUAUUGGUUACGGCCAAGUUAAUGUAGUAUCCCUGGUAUCGGGAUCAAGUCGUCUGUUAGUGGCAGUGCGCUCCGCUCUCUAUCUCUUAGACUGGAAGGUAUCCGGUGACGCCGCCCUCCGGUUACUGACGACGGUGGACGAGGGUCUUCCAGAGAAUCUGAUCAAUGAGGGAAAAGCAGACUCUGAAGGGAGGUUCUGGGCAGGUACUAAAGGUCCUCAAUCAGGCGACGAUGUGCUCCCAGACAAGGCCACGUUCUACAGCAUUAGCCAGCAGUCUUUCAACCAGCCGCGGGUACAUCUCAGACCUGUAUCCAUCUCCAACGGCCUCGUGUGGUCUCUCAACAACACUAUCAUGUAUUACAUCGACUCACCGACUCAGAAAAUUGAAGCAUUCGACUUUGAUCCGGUUAAUGGAGAAAUAAGCGGAAGAAGAACAAUUAUCGAUAUAUCGAACUACGGAUACGAAGACGCGAUCCCUGAUGGUAUGACGAUAGACAGCCGCGGCCACCUUUGGGUCGCAGUCAUGUUCGGCGGCACGGUAUUACAUAUAGACCCGGACAGCCGAAAAAUAGUUUUCGGUUACAAGCUGCCGGUGUCUAGAACGACUUCGCUUUGCUGGGGCGGACCAAACCUGGACGAAUUAUUUGUGACAACUUCGAAGGCAAAACUGGACUCGAACGAGCCCCUGAGUGGGGCUAUAUUCACUAUACGGGGAACAGGAAGCCGAGGCGUGCCCGCGUAUUCCUUCCGAUUUGACAAUGCUGAUGAUUAUUAAAUAAAUAAUAACACAUUUGUUGAGUUACCUGAAUUA